AUGGGAGCCCCUCGCCUGACUCCUGGCCUUAUCCAACCUCUCUCCUGGUCUCCUGUCCUUCUCACACACGUCUCCUGGCAGGUGCUGUCCCUGGGUGCUGACGUCCUUCCCGAGUACAAGCUGCAGGCACCGCGCAUCCACCGAUGGACCAUCCUGCACUACAGUCCCUUCAAGGCUGUGUGGGACUGGCUCAUCCUUCUGCUGGUCAUCUACACAGCUGUCUUCACCCCCUACUCGGCUGCCUUCCUGCUCAACGAGGAGCAGGUGGAGGAGAAGCACUGGGACUGCAGCUACUCCUGUGACCCACUCAACAUCAUUGACCUCAUCGUGGACAUCAUGUUCAUUGUGGACAUUGUCAUCAACUUCCGUACCACCUAUGUCAACAUCAACGACGAGGUGGUGAGCCACCCUGGCAAGAUCGCCAUCCACUACUUCAAGGGAUGGUUCCUCAUCGACAUGGUCGCUGCCAUCCCCUUUGACCUGCUCAUCUUCCGCUCCGGCUCUGAUGAGACCACCACACUCAUUGGCCUCCUGAAGACCGCCCGGUUGCUGCGCCUGGUCCGCGUGGCCCGCAAGCUGGACCGCUACUCUGAGUAUGGAGCAGCCGUGCUCUUCCUGCUCAUGUGCACCUUUGCCCUCAUCGCCCACUGGCUGGCCUGCAUCUGGUAUGCCAUCGGCAAUGUGGAGCGGCCAUACAUGAAGCACAAGAUUGGCUGGCUGGACAACCUGGGCGACCAGAUCGGCAAGCGCUACAAUGACAGCGACCUCUCCUCUGGCCCAUCCAUCAAGGAUAAAUAUGUCACUGCCCUCUACUUCACCUUCAGCAGCCUCACCAGCGUGGGGUUCGGGAAUGUCUCACCCAACACCAACUCUGAGAAGAUCUUCUCCAUCUGUGUCAUGCUCAUUGGCUCUCUGAUGUACGCCAGCAUCUUCGGCAACGUCUCCGCCAUCAUCCAGCGCCUGUACUCAGGCACGGCCCGCUACCACACGCAGAUGCUGCGGGUUAAGGAGUUCAUCCGCUUCCACCAGAUCCCCAACCCCCUGCGUCAGCGCCUGGAGGAGUAUUUCCAGCACGCCUGGUCCUACACCAACGGCAUCGACAUGAAUGCGGUGCUGAAGGGUUUCCCCGACUGCCUGCAGGCAGACAUCUGCCUCCACCUCAACCGCACGCUGCUCCAGAACUGCAAGGCUUUCCGAGGAGCCAGCAAAGGCUGCCUGCGUGCCCUGGCCAUGAAGUUCAAGACAACCCACGCGCCACCCGGAGACACCCUGGUGCACUACGGAGAUGUCCUCACCACACUCUACUUCAUCUCCCGGGGCUCCAUCGAGAUCCUCCGGGAAGACAUUGUGGUGGCCAUCUUAGGGAAGAACGACAUCUUUGGGGAGCCCAUCAGCCUCUACGCCCGCCCAGGGAAGUCCAACGCUGAUGUGAGGGCCCUGACCUACUGUGACUUGCACAAGAUCCAGCGGGAGGACCUGCUGGAGGUAUUGGACAUGUACCCAGCCUUCUCUGACAACUUCUGGAGCAACUUAGAGAUCACCUUCAACCUGCGAGAUGCAGACAGCGUUCCCCGCUCACCACUCAGCGAGGAGUAUGACUGCACCUACCGGCAGGCACGUCGACGCAAGCAUUCCCUUUGCCAGCCCAACAAGCCUGACCCAGACACGGGCAUCUCUGAUGCAGAGCAGUAUCACACCUACUCAGAGCUCACCAACCCGCAGGAGCCACUGAGCAAGGACCAGUGGGAUGACCUGGGCAGCAGCACCUCUCCCUGCUCCCAGACCAGCGAUGACGAGGCCAAGACUGGCAGCCCUACGAAAGCUGAGCCCUUCCCCACAUCCAAAAAGGAUGACUUUGCUCUGCCCACGCUCAGCCUCGUCACCACCAGCGCUGGCAGCACAGAGGUCGGCAAGCAGGCGGCAGAGAGCAGCCAGUCCUACACAGCCACCCCCCUGGACAUCCCCAACAUGUUCACCUUCUGGGAGGACCGAAAGCCGAACCACCACCUGGAGCCUUUGCAGCACAUCUCCUUGGUACACAGCUCGCGGGACAUCCCCCUGCACAGCGACUACAGACCGGGGCAGAUUGAGUCCAGGCUGGAGCUCCUGCAGGCCCAGCUCAGCAGGCUGGAGUCCAGGAUGUCGUCAGACAUUAAUAUAAUCCUCCAGCUCCUGCAGCGCCAGCUGUCCCAAGUGCCACCCGCGUACAGCCCCAUCUCGCCGUCCUCCCACAACCUGGCCAUGUAUGGCAUCCUCCCACGGAGCCUGGAGCCGCUCACCCCCUGCGCACCCUUGGAGGACCAGGAGACGGCGGCCCCGGAGCAGAGCCCGAGCUACACGGAGGUAGAAAAGUUCCACUUGAAAUCCAGGGACUCCUUGUCAAGCGGGAUGCACCUCACUGUGGCAUCUGACGAAACCAUGACGGUCUACUCCGAGCAGGAGCACCAUUCCCCACCUCUCCCAAAGCCAGAGCCUCCCCACCAAAGGGCACCAAAUACCCAGGGACUCUUCUGGGGCUCUCGUUUCCCUUCCCUCCCUGAGCACUUGGAGGCAUCUUCUGAGCACCAGGACAUUCAGAGACACCUCUCCGACCCAGUGCUUCCUGGAAGUUAG